GGUACACUGGAUCCAUUCCAUGGAUCACCUGCUGUGCGAUACAUCAUAAUGUUUGAGACCAGUGAUCCGCGGAUGCUGCAUACAACGACCAUAAUACUACCUGAGUGUCGAGAGCUGAAAACGGAUUCAAGAUGUUGUAGGCUAUCCAAGAGGUAAAUAACGAUUAUAAACUGGUCCAUCAAAUGAGACAGACGGACGGACGGACGGACGAAAAUCACAGGUCCGCGUCGUAACGGCCUUCUCCUCGGAGCACCGAUCCCGAUACCCGACCUACCGUUGCAGCUCUGUGUACCGAGGUCUCUGCGACAAGAGGUGAUGAAGCGCCCAGUGUAUCAGCGAUCGCGAUCGUCGGUGGACACUUGUCGUGGACCGCAAGGAGUCUCGAAGGCUUCGAGUGAGCACGCACGACUCGGACGGCGCCGCCCUCUCAGUCCAGACGCGUCGUAGGUGUCACCUGGUGGCGUUUCGGGCUGCCUCAGCCUAGGACCUAAAUCGUUGUCCGAGUCUCGCGUCGGCUCUGCGAUGGCGGGCUCGAGCACCAGGGGCAGAUGAUGGUCGUCGCCGUAUAUAAACCUGGGUAGUCGUUCGUCUGGUCUUCAGCACCUUUCCGCUUCCUCACUCUCACAUCACAUCACAUCACAUCACAUCAUAGCCAAUCACCCAAACCAAACCACCACCGUCGUCAUCAUGUCUUCCAACAGCUACACCCAGCCCAGCAAGACCAACGGCCAGCUGCGCUCCAUGAAAGGCACGGCCGUCGAGGCCGUCGGCAACGCGACCGGCGCGCAGUCGUGGCAGAAAUCAGGCAAGGACGAGCACGCCGAGGGCGAGGCGGAGCACAAGGCCGCGCAAGCUAAAGGGCGCGCGGAGGGGACCAAGGACCGCGCGAUGGGGUACAAGGACAGUGUCGUGGGUGCGGUGACGGGGGACAAGGGGCAGCAGGCUUCUGGUGAGUCGCUGGUCUGCGCUGUGACUGGUCUGAAUGGGGAUGGUGUGCUGACUGGGGUGUUCGAUGGUGUAGGGAAUGCGAGGAAUGAGAAGGGGCAGGCGCAGCAGGAUAUGAACAAGAGCUCUUGAUGGUCGGGCAGGACAAGGGCAGGUG